AUGGCCGGGGUGGAUCUGACCGAAGAUCAUGGAGGAGCCCUCGUAGCUACUGCCAUCUCCUUCCUCGUCCUCAGCUGGGUCUCGGUCAUAUUGCGCACCUAUGUGCGCGCCAUCUUGACCAAGGCCUACCAGGCCGACGACUGGCUCAUGCUGGUUGCCCAGCUCAUCUUCACCGCCUCCUGCGUCUUCAUCCUCGCCGGCGUCGACAAUGGCCUUGGCAUGCACAACAAAGCGCUGGAACAGUCCCGGGAGAUCAGGGCCCUGAUGUAUCAAGCCCUCGCUACCGCCACGUAUGUCUUGAACAUGAUGUUCAUCAAGUUCAGCGUUGGCAUCUUUCUCCUUCGCCUGACCACCUCAAAGGGAUACAUCUGGACGAUAUACAUCAGCCUGGCCAUCGUUAUGAUUUGGACCCUCGUCAUAUUCUUCUGGAACAUUUUCCAAUGCCACCCCGUCCAGGCCCAGUGGACUACACCAUUCAAGACGCGACCUGUGUGA